CUGUCUCAAUUAUUUUUAAUAAAAAAUGGUCGUAGAUCUGGCAGGUGUAACUAAAGCAGUUUUUUCUCAUGUCCUUUAAAAUACUGAUUUUGACUGGAGAUUCUUAGGACGAUCUCGCGCUGUCUUCGCCAUGCCGCCAAAGAAGCCUGUGGCGCCGACGGCAGCAACCCGUCGUAAUCCGCCGCGGAACGCUGCCAGUCGAUCGUUCAAACAAACCAAACUGGAUGAAGUUCUCCACCGCGCAGCGACUAAACCUCCGCCAAAUGAUCUUGUUCCUGCUGCGCCAUCUGCGCCAGAACCGGUAGUAUUUGAGGAAAAUCUCGAUGGUGAUCUCGUUGAGUGUGGCGCGGCGGUUUCCGAGUUUGAAGUGGUUUCCGUCGCAGCCCAGAAGAUCAGCAAGCAUGCUGCAGCAUCUGGUCUUCCCAGGCCCUCACCCUUGAAGAUUGUCAUCCGCAAACGAGCAGUGCAGCUUCCCAAAGUCCCACCCAACACCCCGCAGAAAAACGGCACCCUCCCCGAUGGAAUCGCCAAUGGCCUACCACCCAGCACCCCCGUGCAGCGCUCCUCCGCGGUGCGGGGCCACCAGAUUAUCUCGCCCGAGACGACCGUGAUCCCCCGCAAGGGCCCCAAGAUCGGACGGCCCGCUUUGCCAGGCACGACCACCGUCAAGUCCAACCCGGUGGUGCGCCAGACCAAGAGUGAACGCGUCAAGGCCAGUCUGGAGCUGGAUAAACGACUCAAAGAGGAGGAGAUCACCAUAACGCGCAUGAUCGUCAGCAAACUGGAAGAUCCGGGAAUUCAGAUCCACCUGUUUGAGGAAAAAGGCCGUGGAUUAGUCGCGCAACGUGCUUUCAAGAAAGACGAGUAUGUCGUGGAGUACGCGGGAGAUUUAGUGGAUGUCAGCUGCGCUAAACAACGCGAACGCUACUACGCCCAGGAACCGUCCAAAUACGGCUGUUAUAUGUACUUUUUCAAUUACAAAGGCAGAAGACUAUGUGUGGAUGCCACUGCGGAAACCGGACGCUAUGGUCGCUUGCUGAACCACUCAUGUCGUCGAGCCAAUCUGCGACCGGAAGUCAAAGAAAUCCCCAGCUCGGAGCAGAAGAUCCACCUGAUUUUGCGCGCAGCACGGGAUAUUGAGGUGGGCGAGGAACUGCUGUACGAUUAUGGCGAUCGGGAUCCGCAGAGUUUGGCGGCCUUUCCGUGGCUCAAGGAAGAACGUCGCGUUUGGAUGUUACGGCACUACGGAAACAUGAAUAAUCAAGGGGAUGAUGCACCCUUCUAAUGA